CUGCACGAACCUCUUCAUCUCCACACGAGGCCAAGCAAACCCAAAACGGAAGCAACAGAAAAUCAGAAAUUACGAGUCCACUCAUCCAAGAUCCCAAAUCCAGCGCCGGAGCCCAAGAACGCCAUGGCCGGCGGCGCCUUCGUCCUGACCGACGCGGAGGCGGCGGCGGCGCUGCUGCCCCCGCCCGCGUCGUCUCUGGAGGACGAGCCCUCGGCGCAGCCGCCACCGGCGGACCGGCUCGGGGUGGGGUACCUCAUCUUCUUCACCCUGGGGGCCGGGUUCCUGGUCCCCUGGAACUCCUUCAUCACCGCCGUCGACUACUUCUCCUACCUCUACCCUGGCGCCCCCGUCGACCGCGUCUUCUCCGUCGCAUACAUGCUCUCCUGCCUCCUGCCGCUUCUCCUCAUCGUGCUCUGCUUCCCCAAGUCCAGCGCGCCCGCCCGCAUCAACACGGGGCUCACGCUCUUCACGUUCGCGCUCCUCGUCGUCCCGGUCAUGGACGCCGUGUACGUCAAGGGGAGGCCGGGCUUGUACGGCGCGUUCGAUGUCACCGUCGCCGCCUCGGUCCUGUGCGGCGCCGCGGACGCGCUCGUUCAGGGGGGCGUCAUCGGGUUUGCCGGGGAGCUGCCCGAGAGGUACAUGCAGGCCGUCGUCGCCGGAACCGCCGCCUCAGGCGUACUUGUCUCUGCAAUGAGAGUCUUUACCAAGGCACUCUACCCACAAGACGCCCAUGGGCUGAGACAAAGCGCUAUCCUGUACUUCAUCGUCGGCAUUGUGGUCAUGGUCAUCUGCAUUGUGUGCUACAAUGUGGCGUACAGGCUUCCAGUCGUCGUGUACUACAAAAACAUCAAGAGGAGGGCUCAGAAGGCAGAGGUGGGCGGCGGCAUGACGGGUCCUGCCUGGAGAUCAACCCUGUGGAGCAUUGUCGGGACGGUGAAAUUGUAUGGGGUGGGAGUGGUCCUCAUCUACGCCGUCACACUCUCCAUAUUCCCGGGGUACAUAACGGAGGACGUGCACUCAGAGGCGCUUAAGGAUUGGUAUCCCAUCAUCCUCAUCACCGCCUACAACGUGUUUGACCUCGUUGGCAAAGCCCUGCCUGCCGUCUACCUCCUCCAGAACGCCAAUGUUGCGGUCGCAGGCUCGUUUGCUCGGCUCCUGUUCUACCCCCUCUUCUACGGUUGCUUGCAUGGGCCGAGCUUCUUCCGCACUGAGAUCCCAGUCACCGUGCUGACAUGCCUUCUGGGGCUCACCAACGGGUACCUGACCUCCAUACUCAUGAUCCUCGCACCCAAGGCUGUGCCUAUCCACCAUUCCGAGACUGCCGGGAUCGUCAUAGUGCUGUUCCUUGUGGUUGGUCUUGUCAUUGGUUCAUUUGUGUCUUGGUUUUGGGUCAUCUGAUUGGGGAAUUCUGUGUAUUCAUUCCGAUGUAACAUAGUACUCUCUGUGCUGACAUGCCUUGCUGAUGUUUCAUUUGCCAGCACUAUGGCCAAGGGUACCUGUAACUUGUUAGUGUGACCCAGGUAAGGCUGGGGCAAGUGUGUGUAAUUUACAUUUCAGGGAAGACUAUCCAAUGUUCAUACUUAAUACCAAAACUUUCAGUUCAUAUGAAUCUUUGUAUCGUUUUCAUCUCA